GCUAGACGUGUGGAUCGGGUGUAGGCUAUGGUUAGGCAUUCAGUGCUUUGACUCAACAUUUGUUGUAUUGUUUUGAAUGUAAACUGAUUUGGAUUUUGAAAGACUUGUCCAUUGAAUGAAUGCAUUGUUUGUCACCAUUAGGUCUAUAUUGACAUCAAAUGAGAUCCCAUUGACACUGAAGAGGACCGACAAUGAGCGCCAAGAAGUGCAGCCGAUGUGACAAAACUGUUUACCCCAUCGAAGAAGUGAAAUGCUUGGAUAAGGUUUGGCACAAACUGUGCUUCAAAUGCCAAGAAUGUGGUAUGACUUUGAAUAUGAAGAACUACAAGGGCUUCAACAAACUUCCCUAUUGUAAUGCGCACUGCCCUCAGGCUCGGGCGACAGCAGUGGCCGACACACCAGAGGCGCGACGAUUGGCCGAAAAUACGAAACUUCAGAGUCAAGUUCGAUAUCACGAGGACUUCGAGAAGCAAAAGGGAAAACUGACUCAAGUGGCCGACGAUCCCGAAACUCUUCGCAUAAGGAGUAUAUCGCAAAGGAUUAGUAACGUUGCAUAUCAUGGAGAGCUCGAGAAGAAGAAACAAAUGGAGCACAAGAGGACUCUUAUGCCUGAAGAUCAGGUGAACAACGGCUUCAGCGCUCAUAAGACACAACAGAUACAGCCAUUCACUGCACCCACAGCUAUCAUAAUGGGUAAUACAUUUGACACGAAUGAGAACAAGAACUCGAGACAAAACAUUCAAAAUAUUCAACACAACAACGACUCAAUCAAUCAUAACAUUAGAAACAGUGACACAAAUCAAUACCAUCACAAUAUAGGCGCCCAACCAAUGCAUUAUCACCCAAAUGUCAACAAAGACGUGAACGCCUACUCAUCCAAACUUCAAUCCACAGUGAUUUACACAUCCGAUGACGGACCAGUGAAUGAGCUCUCGAAGAAAGUGGGAUCUAUUGUGGACUACGACCCCAUCAACGAUAACUAUGGCUCCAUUGCAAGCGGCAAUCGGAUCGAUGCCACCGGUGCUUACUAUUCAGGU